AUGAGCACGUCCGCCCUCCGCAGCCUCACAGCGCGGGCAGGAGGCGCGCGAAAUCUGCCCUCUGCGACUUCCUCCUUCUCAUAUGGCCGAACAGCCGCAUAUCGACGGAUAGCCGCCAAUCUCCGGCAAUACAGCGAAGUAUCACUAGGGCAGCGACGAGAUGCAUCGAUCCUUCCCCCAUUCGCCCUGCGAUCACACUUCCUCCCGCCCUCCAUCUCCGCAUCAACGCCAGCAUCAGUCAGACAUGUAAGUUUCAAGGAGUUGAGAGAACAGCGGGCGAAGGAGAAUGCGGCGGCGGGACAGGCAAAACCGUCGGAAUCCAAGUCAAAGCCCGCGCCUGAACCAGAGCCCGCAAAGUCGGAGCCAGAGAGAUCUGCUGCGGACGACGCUUUUGCUUCGUUCCAGGCCGAGGCCGAAUCAACAUAUUCCAAGGCGCAAGAGGAACAGAAGAAGCAGGAGGAGCAAGAGAAGAAGGCGGAAGAAGAGGAAAGUGCUGGCGAGGAGAAGAAGGAGAAGAAAGAGGAAGCCGCUCCACCUCCCCAUGGCAGCAAAACCCCUUGGCAAGUCUUCACCGAGACGCUGCAGACCGAGUUCAAAGCCAGCAAAGAGUGGAACGAGAGCACGAAGCAGCUCAGUGGCAGCAUCAACGACUUCACCCAAAAUCCCAACGUGCAGCGGGCGAGGAGCGCAUACUCCAAGGCGGCGGAAGCUGCCAGCACGACCACGGGGAAGGUGUUGAUGGGCACGGCUGGUGCAAUUGGCAAGAGCGCUGCGUGGACCUGGGAUACGCCAGUGGCAAAGGUUUUGAGGAAGGGAGCUGCAGCGGUUGGAUCUGGGGUGGAGAAGGCCACCCGUCCAGUGCGGCAAACGGAAGCUUACAAGAGCGUCAAGGAGACGAUCGAUGACGGUGCGUCACAGAGAUAUGGUGGCUGGACUGAGAAGGAAGAGAGGAGAAAGAGGCGAGCAGAGCGUGAAGCCAAGCUGGGCUUCAAACAACCCGAAAACUUCGAGGAAGACCCCAAUGCCGGCACCAACGUCACCGUCCACAAGGAUGCCGCGUGGAAAGAGAGCUGGAAGAACUUCCGCGAGAACAGCCCCGUGAUGCAGAGACUUUUCACCAUGGGCAACACAUAUCGCGAGUCCGAGAACCCUCUGAUCAGCACGGCGAGAAGUGUCAGCGAUCGUAUCGCAGGCUUCUUCGCUGAGAACGAGACAGCCAUGGUGAUCAAGAAGUUCCGCGAGAUGGAUCCCUCCUUCCAACUCGAGCCCUUCCUCAACGAGAUGCGAACAUACAUCCUCCCCGAAGUACUCGAGGCAUACGUCAAGGGCGAUGUCGAAGUAUUGAAGCUCUGGCUGUCGGCAGCUCAAUUCCAGGUCUACCACGCCCUGAUGCAACAAUACACCACUGCAGGUCUCAAAUCAGAUGGAAAGAUCUUAGACAUUCGUGGCGUGGAUAUUCUGAGCGCGAGGAUGCUGGAUCCAGGCGAGAUUCCCGUCUUCGUCCUGAUGUGUCGCACACAAGAAGUGCACGUCUACAAGAAGGCCAAGACGGGUGAGCUUGCUGCUGGAAUGGAGGACAAGGUGCAGCAAGUCACCUACGCCAUUGGUGUGACGAGGAUUCCUGAGGAGGUCAGCAACCCUGAGACACGAGGGUGGAGGUUGAUUGAGCUGCAGAAGAGCGCCAGAGACUACGUCUGA